AUGCGCGGAUCCCAGUGUGAACUGAAAUCAGGUGUGGUCGCCCAGCUUGCAAGGGGGGCCCGAUCAGACCGUCACCGGUUAAUUACUGCAAGCACUAUACUCACCCGCCCACUCACACCCCUCCUCACCCUCGCCGCAUACGGCUCGCUCAUCAUCUCCGCCUUCUCCGCACUCAUCGCCCUCAUCCUCGCCAGCUACGGCCUCUCCGCCUGGGACGACGCCAAGCACAAGCUCAUCGGCGUCCGCGCGCUCAUCGGCAAAGGCCUCGAUGUCGGAAAGGAGAUCGUCGGCGCCGUCACCUCAACGGCCUUCCACCAGCCUCUUGAACCCAAUGGCAGCAGCAGGGCGACGACGAUGCCAAGACGCGCACCUGACCAUGCCGAUCGGCCAGCACCCACCAGCGCCGCCUCCGAUCGAUUGAGUGCUUGUUCACCCAAACAGUCCCGUCCAACCACAGGAUACGAUGUGCCCUCGAUGGACGACGACGAGCAACCAGAAGCGGAGCACCAUCCGACCAGGAGUGGAAGGAGCGCACAGAAAAACCCCACCAACGCUUUCCGGAACGCCCAGCGUGCUUACAACCAGAGACCUAGCAUCCUCCGAAAGAGCUCUUCUUAUGCGGCCCAUCCGUACUCUUCGCCCACUCGUUGA